AUGAGUUGUAUAUGUUUAAAUGGGCACUACGUGGCUGAAAAAAUUGACCAGCUGGUUUUCCAAAGAAUAGCACAUGAGAAGAAGAAAAAAGCAGAUAAGAAUAAUACAUUGUCGAAAAGAAAGAAGUUGUUUAUCAUUUACUCAAACCAUGUAACAACAUAUUCUUAUUUAUAUAUAAUAUUAAAGAAAAGCAUUUAUUUAAAUGCAGAUAUAAUUUUUGCACUUGUAAAGGUUCACAGAAAUUUUAACCAAAUCAGAUUAACAAAAUUGAUAGAAAAAAUAAACAAAAGAGGAGAAAGUACAUCACUGCUUAUUUUAUCUCCAUUAUGUCAUCAUAUAAAUAAGUGUUUUGUAUCUAGGUUUAUACAAGAAGGGAAGGAUAUAGACGCUUCCAGUUAUGAAGCUAUUUUAAGACUGCUCAGGGUAAGUAGGAAAUGUGUUAUUCCCCCUCUGACUAGGCCAGAAGAAGCUCCCUGUGAAACGAUGGGAACUACCGUUGCAGUUUCCACCACUACUGUUGCUGUUAGAAGUGGCUUCGUACAGCCCUUGUUUUAUGUAGCAAGAAUUGUGCAGAAUUUUUACGUACAUUUUUUGGGUUAUCUUUUACAGUUUCUGUUGGCUAUCUGCUAUACUUUGAUGAUAAAGAAGGAAGAGUGUAUCUCGGUAAAAUUAAUAGCAAGUGCUCUAAUGAAUAACAGCCGAAAUGUUAAACUGGGAAAAACGGAAAGGUCCAAGGACAUAAGUGCUGCCCAGUAUAAUUACUACGAAAGAUCAUACAUUAUUAAUAAUAAUGGUAGUACCAGUCAUAGCAGUAGUUCCAGUCAUAGCAGUAGUGCUAGUCAUAGCAGUAGUGCUAGUCAUAGCAGUAGUGCUAGUCAUAGCACUAGUACCAGUAAUUACAGUAGUAAAAAUCGUAACAGAAGUAAAAAUCGUAACAGAAGUAAAAAUCGUAACAGAAGUAAAAAUCGUAACAGAAGUAAAAAUCGUAACAGUAGUAAAAAUCAUAACAGUAAUAAUGACAGCCCUUGUAAGAAUUGUCCGAACGAAGGAGAUGAAUUAAUAUAUGGUUACUUGAAAGAUACCAUUAGGUACAACAUUCCUUGCUGCAUCCACUCUGUCCUUUUGUUCAUCAAGUACUAUAAUAUUCAUAUUCAAAAUAAGAACAUAAUAAUUCUUAACAAUAACAUAAAUAUUUUCAUGACAUUAUUUAUUUUGUUUUUCCGAAAGGACAUAUCAACCACUGUUUAUGAUCCAAUAAGUGGGGAUAUAUUAUGUACGUAUAAUAAAAAGGAAGGAGGAAAUAAUUUUUUCUUUAAAAUAAAUAAAAAGAAAUUAUAUAUAAAAGACGAAAAUGAUCUUAAAUAUAAUUUUUCCAUUUUUGUCAAUUAUUAUAUAACAAGAGGUAUGAAGUACACACAAUGUAGUAAGCUAAAUAUGUUAGUUGAGAAAAAUAUGAAAAAAAAAAUAAUUAAAAAUGCGGAUAUUAUAAUAAUUGGUGUUGGCUGCUUUAACAUUUUGAAAAAGGAUUAUAUAAAACAGAAUGCUAUUAUUCUGGAUCUAGGUAUUAACUUAGUACCCUAUCAUCACAAUGAUAAUAGAGACAAUGACAAAAUGAAGGAAAACUCAACUGCGGGUGUCAAGAGGAGAGGAAUGAACAACAGUACAUAUCAUUUAGAUACAUCCUUUGUUACAAUAAGGAAAAAUAAAUACAAACUACGAAAGUAUGCACGCAGAAAUUUAAGAGGAAGUGAAAGUGCUACGCAGAAUGAUAAUAAAAGUAUAGUGGAAGCUGCUAACACAAAGGGGGAAAAAACUAAUUUUUAUCUUGUCCAAAAAAAAGUGCGACCUUUUAUGGUAAGAACAUGUGUGUUCCCUCUACGCAUACUUUUUUUUUUUAAAAAUAGGAAAAAAAAAAAAAAAAAAAAAAAAAAUAUAAUGAACUACUUACCUAAUGCUCUACUUUUAAAAGACAAUAAAUCGAAGCAAAAUUUUGUUGCUAGUUUAGCAAAAUUUUUACACAAAUAUGAAAUUAUUGGUGAUGCUGAUAUGGGAUGUAAAAAGAAGUGCUCUCUGAUUUCGAGCGUUCCAGGAGGAUUAGGUCCCAUCACCACAUCUAUGUUGUUUUAUAAUUUAUAUUUUAAAAGGAAAAUGGAAAAGGGAAGAAGUGGAAGAAGUGGAAGAAGUGGAAGGGGGAGGAGGGGCGACGCAUGA